AGUCCAAAAAACGAAGGGUAAGCAGAGAUGUUAGAAACAACGAAACCACUGAAUGUCUACUGUAAUAGCGAAAGUGGCUACGAUUCCUCGCAUGCAAGUGUUGAAUCAUCCAGAAGAAAUUCGAUCGGAUUCAAAGAAUAUGUGAAAAAUCGGCGUUACAGUAUGAUGAGUAAAUGUUCAUCAUUUCAGCCGAAUCGGGUAACCAUACCAAUACCGUCAACAUGCGAGGCUUCGAGGAGAACAAGUAGUUCGGAUUCAAACGUCGAAUCAUCUGUGCCUGACGAUAUAGACGAUAUAGACCUCUCACCAAGACCUCUUUAUCAGCGAAGGAUGAGCGUACCAGAAAAAGUGUUUCAUAGUGCUGACUAUGCGAUCCUGCGACCGUCAGCCGAAGCAGAUGUGAAGUUUGAAAUAGUCGCUGCUUUCGAUCGUUAUACUGAUCCCUAUCGUCAUUAUAUGCAGUCUCUCACUUGUUACGAUCUCCAACCCACUCAUGGUGCUGUGGUUGUGAUUGAUGGGGAUUUGAAGAUUCAUAAAGCUCUGACGGCUUUGAGCCAGUGCGGUCAUCAAGUGGCCAUCGUAUCCAACUUGGAUGUCAAAGGAGGCUUCGGAAUCCUUACGGUGACGGAUUGCCUCAAGGCCAUUGUUCUAGCUUCGGAGGGAGUGCAAAAAGUUGCGGAACAAACGGUUGCUCAGUUUCUAAAAUCUAGCAAUCGGAAACAGCUGGUGACGACCGAUGUAAAUACGAGCGUUUGGGAUGCAGCGAAACUGAUAUGUUUGAACCGAAUCCAUCGAAUUCCUGUGGUGCAUUUUGACGACUCGAACCCCGCCGAUAUCAAGAAACAACAAGGCGGCCUGCUCUACGUGCUUAGCCUAAGGACCGUCUUCACCGAAACUAUAGUGAAACUGGCUGAUCCCAAACCAUCUUUGUGUUCUCUGAUCAAGAAGAAAACUAUAUCCGAGCAUAAGCUUGGCACGUGGAAGCGAUUGCACACUGUACCGCAAACAGCAACUUGCGAUGAAGCGAUUUCAUUGUUUCUCAAUAAAAAAAUCUCUAGCGUUCCCGUUGUGGACUCAAAUGGACGUGUUCUUGGUGUUAUAGGAAAAAGUGACAUUAUGUCAGAAUUAGUGCGACACCCGAGCAAUUACCUCGAAAUUUUGGACAUUCCUAUUAUGGACAUAGUCGCCUCAUUGAGCCCUCCUGUGUACGGUACCACAACGAUGACUGUAUACGACUGUAUCGCGAUGAUGGUCAACACCGAUCGACAAUCCAUCGUCAUUCUCGAUGUGGAACGACGCCCACAAGCUUUGAUAUCUUACUCGGACAUCAUGGAUUUCAUUCAGAAUUGUUCAGAUUCGCACCACAAAUUGAGCUUGGCCUAGACGUGGUCAUGAAAACUCCUUGUCGGAAAAUAUAUUCAUCUUUGUCUGUCCUAAAGAGAAAAUCGCAGGCUAUAUGUCCUAGUUUUGAACAUACCCCCUCAGUGAAACUUCUCAGGGAUGCCACAGCGCACAUUCAAAUCAGCGAUGACCAAAUUUGGCAUCACUUCAGAUUUUCCGGUGAUUCGCUAAUAAUAUUGUACUCCUCAGCUGUUAAGCAAUUCAUUCUUGCCUCGCUCUCCGUAAGUACCUCUAGAAGGUUUUUUCAUUCGUAAUCUACGCUCUUGUUUACUGUACUUACAUUGUCUGUGUACUAUAAUAAUGCGCUUUGGAUGCUAGUGCUUAGAUUGAGUAGUUCCCAGAGCAUACAGAGGUCUAAGUAGAGGAUAUCACUUAUUAUUACAGUGUAGCACGUUAGUUUUCGUGUACUGAUGUUUUGUAUAUUAACUAUUGAUGUUCUUUACGGUAGCGUAACGUUAGAGCUGUUGAUGUCGCUAUUCUGUUGAAUCAGUUCAUCCAAAGGCGGUAGAAUGCGUUGUAGUCUUGAAUUUUGUUGUUAAUAAUAUAUUGUUACCUCGCCUCUGCUAGCUUUUGCUUCGGAUUUACAUUCGUUAGAGGAAAGUUUAAUAUUGAUAGUCGUGAUUACUUGUAAAAACUCUGUGAUCGUAGUGCCACUGUUCCUCUAUCAUGACCUAGUUCGUCAACAAUGCUGGGUAUUUGCAAC